AUGGAGGAGGAAGCACAGCCCACCCAGGAGGCCUUGAAAAAGAAAAGGACCUUCCGAAAAUAUACGUAUAGAGGUGUGGACUUGGAUCAGCUGCUUGACAUGUCGAACACUCAAUUAAUGGAGCUUUUACAUUGCCGUGCAAGGAGGAGGUUUUCUAGGGGACUAAAGCGCAAACCAAUGGCUCUGAUUAAAAAGCUGAGAAAAGCCAAGAAAGAAGCUGGACCAUUGGAAAAACCAGAAGUCGUGAAAACACAUCUCAGAGACAUGAUUGUGGUUCCAGAAAUGGUUGGAUCCAUUGUUGGUGUCUAUAAUGGAAAAACAUUCAACCAGGUUGAAAUCAAACCUGAAAUGAUUGGACAUUAUUUAGGGGAGUUCAGUAUCACAUACAAACCUGUAAAGCACGGAAGACCAGGUAUUGGUGCUACACAUUCUUCAAGGUUUAUUCCUCUGAAGUAAAGCAUUUUGUACCCUAAAAGUCAAUAAAGUGUUGUGUGAAUAAAUGUUCUAUUGCUAGCUUUUUUAAAAAUAAAAACAGUUUCAGUUGUUGUUGAUAA